UCUUCCGGGCCCAUAAACUACAGCAGCAAAAGGAGGACUCGGCCUGGUCGAGGAGGGACUUGAUGCCGUCCUAGUCGGAGAGAUCGGCCGGCGGCGACCGCACGAGGACGGAAACGAGUUGAACUCAGAGGCGAGGAGAUCGACGGCACGAGGAGGGUCACGAGGAUGGGGAAAAUUCAGAUAAGCGCUUCCAAGGCCUUUGCGCUGCAUUUUCUGUGCGCCGCGGCCUUGGCGGCCGGCUACUGCCUCGCCCGAGAUGUCUACGCUCUCAACCUCAUCUCCGACCCUGCCCAAACCCUCCGCCUUCUCCUGGUCUUCGAAGGGCCGGUCGUUAUCGGAAUCUACAGUUGGAUUCGUCGUGACCCUGACAGUUGCUCGUAUUUGAAGGCUGUUGGGCGAGGAUUGCUCGGGCUUCCCAUUGGGGCUUCAAUAAAUGCUUUUGGGGCAAUUGUUUUGGGUGCACCUAUUGGCAUUAAAUAUUUGACAAAGACAAUCUACUGGUCAUUUCUCAUGUCAUUAUUCACUUUUGUUCCUGCAUCUUGUGUUUUUGGCAAAUCGAGGAUGGAUUGGCAACGUAUUCUAGCUCAUUCCAAGCCAAUGGAAGGUGUGGACUAUAUGAUUUCUUUACCAGCACAUGGAGCUGUUAUCGGUGCAUGGCUUGGUGCUUGGCCGAUGCCACUUGAUUGGGAAAGGCCAUGGCAGGAAUGGCCUAUUUGCGUCACCUAUGGUUCUGUUGCUGGAUAUUUGGUCGGGAUGUUGGCUUCCUCGGUGUUCAUACUAAUUCUCAGAAGACAGGAUCCUGUCAAAGUUGACUAACUACCAGAUCACAAAGGGACUUAUUUUGGAGUUGAUGGCCUUGAUCUCUUGUAACCAUCGCCAGCUUUUUAAUGUCAGGAUGUAUAUGCUGUUAAUCCAUGUGCCAUUACGUAAGGGUUUAGCCAUGCGGCGUCGAUCAGUUUUGAUUUUAACUUAAAAUCACUUGAUUGUCCUCUCUUAAGUGAGUCCAUUAUUUUUUCUUCUAGAAUUUAUCUACAUGAUUCUCCAUUUCUGAUGAGCUGAUGGUAUAUAACUUGUUACUGCCUUUUUUUGGCAAAGGAAAAUAAAUCAUAACUCACAA